GGGGCGCUCCGUGUGCCGCCUCUCCGCGGCGAAAGAGGCCGCUGGGCUGCGAGCGUUUCCGGGGCAGCGUCGUCACCGUCGCGCUCAGCGUCUGCGCCGGGAUCGCCAUCAUCAUGACAACGCUCCGCGCCUUCACCUGCGACGACCUCUUCCGAUUCAACAACAUCAAUCUGGACCCGCUGACCGAGACCUACGGGAUCCCCUUCUACUUGCAGUACCUCGCCCACUGGCCCGAGUAUUUCAUCGUCGCCGAGGCGCCCGGCGGGGAGCUGAUGGGUUACAUCAUGGGCAAAGCCGAAGGCUCUGUGGCUAGGGAAGAAUGGCAUGGACACGUUACUGCUCUCUCUGUUGCACCAGAAUUUCGACGGCUUGGUUUGGCUGCUAAAUUGAUGGAGCUCCUGGAAGAAAUUUCAGAAAAAAAGGGUGGAUUUUUUGUCGAUCUCUUUGUGAGAGUAUCAAAUCAGGUUGCUGUAAAUAUGUAUAAGCAACUAGGCUACAGUGUGUACCGGACAGUCUUAGAGUACUACUCAGCUAGCAGUGGGGAGCCAGAUGAAGAUGCUUAUGAUAUGAGAAAAGCUCUUUCCAGAGAUACAGAGAAGAAAUCAGUUAUACCUCUGCCUCAUCCUGUGAGACCAGAAGACAUUGAGUAACUUUAAGCUGUGGUUCUCAUGCAAUUUACUAAGGGUCAGAUUCCAUCUCCUAUAACCCCAAAAACUUAUGCAUAAGAAGUUUUAGGCCAAAUGUUUUUCCAAUAAAAUACUUGAAAGCAAUGUUGAGAAGCUGACUAACUGCUUCUAUUGGUAAUGUCUGUAUACUGCCACACUUACUCUAUUAUUUUUCCUUUCACAUGUUGGAGAUUUGGAGACUAUUAAAAUGGAAUUACUUCCUGUA